CCGGGAGACCGGUACCCAGACUUUGGAAGUAAUGUACGAGACGGCCAAGAACGCUGCUGCGACGGCCACUGCUCCAAUUGCCGAACUGUGAUAUCUCCCCGCCACAGUAGCCAUACGGGUUGGAUUCUCGGUGUUGGUGACGAUUGUGGGCUGCUGGAUUGGGUCAUCUGGCUUCUCUGUUUCUCCUUAUGAUACCAUCGGGACUUUUCUUGCAUUUCGCUAUUCAUAUCAGCAUACUGGCUGCCACUAAUUAUCCUCUAUUACCGCAUGCCUCUCUUGUCCUCGAGCAUGGAUUGCAUCAGCAUUUCACGAUUCACCGCACUGCUCCUCCACCGAACGGUUCCUAUCGGCGUUGUGAAGUUGUUUCAUGGAGUUCGAGCGAUACUGUUCUGAGCGGGCCGGCGCAUCCUAGGAGUUCCAUCAUCUUCAUUUUGUUUCCUCCCCUGGUUCAUACUCUGCCUCACGCAUAUUGUUUAUACCUUAUCGAGGCAAAUCAUUGUUACGAUCACAUACUUUUGUUGCUCGUGUUACUUUGCGCGACUUGACGCUGGAGAUCCACUGACUGCACAUUUUCUAACAUAUAAAUUUUUUAAUUCUGUACGGAGCACGACAGUAACGCCGGAGGUAGCACCGAAUGCUUUGAAAUGCCACGAUUUCUUGCACCAAUAUGCUCAG